AUGAGUACUCAAGGAAGUCAAUCAAAUUCGACUACCACCAACGAUGACACCUCGAUGACCGAUACUGCUCAAGCACCCUUAACGUCUAGACAAGCAAGACGAAGAGCCAAACGAUCGGGGAAUAAACCUGCCUCUGGUUCCUCAGCGUCUCGUCAAGGUUCUGAGUCUACACCACUUACCGAGGAAUACCUUCGAGAUAAUCAAGGUUCUUAUUCAUCCAGGUCGGGCGUUGAUAUCCGAAUGCUGCUCGCUAAACUUCCGGAACAUCGCGGAUCAAAGAUGGACGAACCGCUUAUGGUAGUUGAGGGGAUGACCAUUCGAAGGCGAGAUAUUAUCGAGACUAAGGGUCCAUCCACAGUUAAUUCCGGAUGUGAGAGUAUCUUUUUCGAUUACUGUCGGGAUGGGGUGACCGGACGUGUGGAGAUUCCCACUGAAAGAACAUGGACAGGCGCCUGA